AUGGACGUGGUCAACAAAAGAGCAGCUAUGUUCCCACCAACCAGCAAGAAGGAAACACAGACCUUCCUAGGUGCUGUGGGUUUUUGGAUGAUGCAUAUUCCAGAUUACAGUGAGACUGGCUACAUCGAAAAUGGAAAGUGGCUGUAUGAAGGCCUAUGUGACAAGUCACAGAAGCCACUGAGAGACAAGGAGGAUCAAAUGGAAACCUGCUUACUUAUAUGCACUGGUGAAAUAUCUAUUUGGUUUCUUGUACAGAAAAGAGUCGAAGACGUCAUCUCUCCAAUUGUAUUUGAAGCUGCGUACAGCCUUUGGGAACAUGUGAUAGAAGGAGGAAAAGAGGACAAGGAACUACCUGCUCUCAAGCCCAUUCUCCGUUGGAAGAAAGGACAAAAGAUAGCACAAAGGAAUCAGACUGUUUUUGAGAGGAACUGUCAAUCUGAUGACUGUGCUGCUGAUUUGAAACUUCAUGGUAAAUUACUACUGUCGAGUGUUGAUGACAGAACUGCCUACCUGGCCCUGGGAGCAGUGAGGAACAUCUCGCUUAACAUUUUCAUCUCUAACAUUGGGGAUGAUGCCUAUGACACCAAUGUUUUCUUCAAUUUUUCUGGGGAACUCUUCUUCAUCAAAAUGUGGCAAAAGGAGGAGCUGGGCAUUGCCUGUGAGUUGCUGGAAUCAGAUUUCCUCAAGUGCAGUGUGGGAUUUCCUUUCAUGAGAUCAAAUUCUAGGUAUGAGUUCAGUGUGAUCUUUGAUACAAGCCACUUGUCUGGGCAGGAAGAAACGCUUACCUUCCUUGUCACUGCCCAAAGUGGAAACCUAGAACGCAGUGAAUCUCUGCAUGAUAAUAUUCUAACCCUGUCAGUACCUCUGAUGCAUGAAGUGGCUUCAUCCAUCAAUGGAGAAGUCUUCCCUACUUCAUUUUUCUAUGGCGAUUCUGUGGAAGCGUCCAACUUUGUUCAGUUGGAAAACCAUGAAUGCCUUUUCCAGUCUCUCAACUUCAGCCUGCAGGUUUACAAUGCUGGACCAAGCACUCUCCCUGGAGCUUUUCUUGACAUUUCAUUUCCAAACCGCCUCUCUGCCACUGGAGACGAAAUAUUUCAUAUUCAGCAGAUGAUGGUUGGCCAGGACAAAGGAAGCUGUUCUUUCCACAGAAACCACAGCCCAUGUGUUGUUCCUCAAGAGAAUGAAAAUAUUUUCCACACAAUAUUUGCUUUUUUCACAAAGUCUGGCAGAAAAGUAUUGGACUGUGAAAGACCAGGCAGGUCCUGCUUAAUUAUACACUGCAACUUAAGCUCACUACCCAAAGCAGAGUCCUGUGAUAUAAGUAUCUACAUGCUGCUGAAUACUGAGAUACUCAAGAAGGACAGUUCCUCGGUCAUCCAGUUUGUCACAAGGGCAAGGUUGAGGAUGGAUGGUGACCUCAGAGUUGUGGAGGUACCGAGUGGGAGCCCACAAGAAAAAUCAGUGGUCUUUGAGGCUUUGCACAAUCUGGAGCCUCGUGGAUAUGUUGUCGGAUGGAUCAUUGCCAUCAGUUUGCUGGUGGGAAUUCUCAUCUUCCUAUUGCUUGCUGUGCUCUUAUGGAAGAUGGGCUUCUUCCGCCGGAGGUAUAAAGAAAUUAUUGAGGCCGAAAAGAGCAAAAAGGAGAAUGAAGAUAGUUGGAACUGGGUCCAGAAAAACCAGUGAACUGCCCAUGAAAACUAAAGCCCAGUCAUGUGACACGUGCUCACUAGCCUAUAGGUCCUGCUCUCAUAUCUUCCAUAUGUGGAAGAAGGAAUCUUCUCCAGAUUUUUCGGAGACCCAUUGAUGCUGUGUCUUUAUCACUCAAAAAAAACUAGGGAACAUAUCCUGAGGCAACCACUGUAGCCAUGUCAGGUGACUGGAGCAAUUCAUACUUCAUUUAAGAGUUGAACUUUGAACUUUGGUAACCAAGCUGCAGUGCAGAGCAAUAUUUAUGAAUCCAACUAUUUGGUAUACCCUCAGGGGAAGACUGUUACCUAAAAAUAUAUUUUAUAAAUAUAAGCUUUUUAUAUUGAGUAUGUCUUUAUAUUUGUAUCAAUGUUUUGUAAUUUCUACUGAAUAGUAUAUAGUUCACUCAAGCACUGAUAUCUGGCUAAAUCUUUGAAAAUACAUAUGUGUAUAUAUAAAUUCUAUUGUACUUUUAAACUUCAAUGCGAGAGAAAAGAGAUUUACAGAGAAAAGUGAUUGAAAUCCUCAUAUGCUUAAUUGAACAGGCUUGGUAGUAUUGUGUAUAGACCAUUUAAUGGAUAUAAGCCAAAAUCUUUUCAUAAUCUCUUUCUUUGAGUUGAACUUGUUGUUUGAUUUAUAAACUAAAGAAUCUAAAGUAUUUCACAGUUGUGAUAGCUGUGAUAUUCUGGAUCUUGAGCCUGUCCUUUACUGGCCUGAAUGGGAGAGGAUGAAAACGCUUCCUCAGUGAUAUGUAGCAAGAUGUAGAUUGCUUUGGUUCACUGAAGAAGGUAUCACAGAAUGUUUUCCUUUGGGAAUUUUUCUCUUGCAAUCUCUAGGAUUUUUAUAGUAGUCUAGGAUUGUACAAUUGAGAUACCAGAAGGAUAUAAUUGGGCCGACCAUUAUGGCAUUGGUAAAUUCUUUGGAAUAAAAAAAAAAUUAAAUGGAGCCAUAUUAAUAUUAAGAGGUAUAUUUUUAAAGCUACUGUUCAAGAUUGUAAU